GCGGGCCCGGGGGGCUGCGGCGGGCCCGGGGGCGCGCUCACCCGGCGCGCGGUCACGCUGCGGGUGCUCCUCAAAGAUGCGCUACUGGAGCCCGGCGCCGGGGUGCUGUCCAUCUACUACUUGGGGAAGAAGUUCAUGGGAGACCUACAGCCCGACGGGAGGAUCGUGUGGCAGGAAACGGGACAGGUGUUCAACUCACCCAGCGCCUGGGCCACCCACUGCAAGAAGCUGGUGAACCCGGCCAAGAAGUCCGGCUGUGGCUGGGCCUCUGUCAAGUACAAGGGCCAGAAACUGGACAAGUACAAGGCGGCCUGGCUCCGGCGACACCAGCUGCACAUUCCCACGGCUGCUGCCGAUGAGAGCCCGGCCAGUGAAGGGGAGGAGGAGGAGCUGUUGAUGGAGGAAGAAGAGGAGGAGGUUCUGCCAGGGGUCUCCACUGAGGACAAGAGUCGGAGACCACCUGCCAAGGGACCCUUGGAGCCUGUGCACCCAGAGGCCGUGCCCGCCGGGAAGCGGGUGGAAAACAAGAUCCGGGUGCCCGUGCGGUAUUGCAUGCUGGGCAGUCGAGACUCGGCCAGGAACCCCCACACCCUGGUGGAGGUAACAUCCUUCGCUGCCAUCAACAAGUUCCAGCCGUUCAACGUGGCCAUCUCCAGCAACGUGCUGUUCCUGCUGGACUUCCACAGCCACCUGACUCGAAGCGAGGUCGUGGGGUACCUGGGGGGCCGCUGGGACAUCAACAGCCAGAUGCUCACGGUGCUGAGAGCCUUCCCCUGUCGGAGCCGGCUGGGGGACGCGGAUAUGGCGGCCACCAUGGAAGAGGAGAUCUACCAGAGCCUGCUCCUGCGGGGCCUGUCCCUGGUGGGCUGGUACCACAGCCACCCGCACAGCCCCGCGCUCCCGUCGCUGCAGGACAUCGACUCGCAGAUGGACUACCAGCUGCGGCUGCAGGGCUCCAGCAACGGCUUCCAGCCCUGCCUCGCCCUGCUCUGCGCCCCUUACUACUCUGGCAACCCGGGCCCCGAGUCUAAGAUCUCCCCCUUCUGGGUGAUGCCGCCCCCCGAGCAAAGGCCCAGUGACUACGGCAUCCCCAUGGACGUGGAGAUGGCCUACGUCCAGGACAACUUCCUGACUAAUGACAUCCUUCAUGAGAUGAUGCUGCUGGUGGAAUUCUACAAGGGUGCCCCUGACCUCGUGAGGUUCCAGGAGCCCUGGAGCCAGGAGCACACGUACCUCGACAAGCUGAAGAUCUCCCUGGCCAGCAGGACACCCAAGGACCAGGGCCUGUGCCACGUGCUGGAGCAGGUUUACAGCCUUCUUAAACAAGGGAGCUGAGGCCCCGCCUGCCAGGGCCUGGGGGGGCCUCUUGGUCAGACACUGAUCCCCCCCACCGUGGUUUGGGCUGAGGGGGACUGGGACCAGGGGGGGUUCUCUUGGGGGCUGUGCCGCUCUGUUCCUGUGCAACUUAGCUGUGCGGUGGUUGGGGCACGGAUAAUAAAAGACAGAAGCAAAUA